CCCCGCCCAGAGCCGCCAGGAGGAGCUGCGUGCAGACCCUCAAUCCCCGCAGCCGCUAGUUACGGGGUGUCCGCUUCGCGCGGGUAACGCCGCCGCGACAUGUCGUUAAAGCCGAAGAGCCGGGGCCGCGCCGGCGCCCAGGCCGAGCGGGGUGGCGGCGGCGAGGAGGCCCCGAGCACGUCCCGCGGGCCGGGCGGCGCCGCGUCGCAGGGCGGCCGGCGGGCCGAGGCUCCCUCAGCGCCAGGGCCGCGGUCGCAGAAGCAGCUGGAGCUGAAGGUGGCGGAGCUGGUGCAGUUCCUGCUGAUCAAGGACCAGAGGAAGAUCCCGAUCCGUCGCACCGACAUCCUGCGGCACGUGGUCGGGGACUACAAGGACGUGCUCCCCGAUCUGCUGCGGCGGGCGGCCGAGCGCCUGGAGUACGUGUUCGGGUACCGGCUGGUGGAGCUGGAGCCCCGGAGCAACACCUACAUCCUGGUCAACACGCUGGAGCCGGUGGAGGAGGACGCGGAGAUGCGCGGCGACCAGGGCACGCCCACCACCGGGCUGCUCAUGAUCGUGCUGGGGCUCAUCUUCAUGAAGGGCAACAGCAUCAAAGAGACUGAGGUCUGGGACUUCCUGCGGCGCCUCGGGGUGCACCCCACCAAGAAGCACCUCAUCUUCGGGGACCCGAAGAAGCUCAUCACCGAGGACUUCGUGCGGCAGCGGUACUUAGAGUACCGGCGCAUCCCGCACACGGACCCCGUGGACUACGAGCUCCAGUGGGGCCCGCGCACCAACCUGGAGACCAGCAAGAUGAAGGUGCUCAAGUUCGUGGCCAAAGUCCACAAUCAGGAUCCCAAGGACUGGCCGGCGCAGUACUGUGAGGCUUUGGCGGAGGAGGAGGCCAGGGCCAGACCCCAGACCGGGGUUGCGGCCCCAACCCCAGCCCCUUCCUCUUGAAACCUGAGACAGACUCGGAGAGACCCCGGGGAAGGGCUGGGGGUGGGAGGAAGCAUCUUGCUGUAACCCUUAAAUGUGUGUGGUAGUUUUAGGAUGUGUUUGCAAUCUUUUCUUCUUGUGAUAUUAUAAGUCACUUUGGUUCCGAAUUUUCAUUUAUGAAAAUAUUAAGGGAUGAUUUCUUUUGGUUUGUCUUACUGUCUGUAUUUGAUUUUAUUGGUAUGAAAAUCUUGCUAGCUUUAUAAAGCGAAUUGGAAAGUUUUGUACCAUGUUAUGGAAAUAGACAUUUAAAAGAAAGAACACGUCAAUAAGUUGCUUUCAUGCCAAGGAAAUAAAGCAAAGUGGCUGUUGUCUGGCCUCUGGACUACCCAACUCUGUGAGGAAAAAUAAAAGUCUAUGAAUUGAAAACUAAAAUGUAACUGCCUAUAUCUCUAUUUAUCUUAGCACAGCUAUUUAAAAAAUAUAUUUUCCAUGUGUAUAAGUGUUAUGAGUCAUUCUAAGCAAUGUAUGCAUUGUAUUUUUUCCAGAUAAUUUUUUGUGUGGCUGACCAGUUAGUUCCUUUUUUUUCUGUGUUUUUUUUUUUUUUUGGUUUUUUUGCUACUAUAGUUAUAAUAAACACUGUGUUUUUGAAGCAGGUAAGCAUUGUGCACUUAUUUUAACCAUAAGUCAUGAGAGGAUUUCAUGACUGAAAAACAGAAUCUUAACAAAAAAAGAAAAAUAAUGUUUACCACGUAUCAUUCAGGUAAAUAGUGUUUUGCGGAAGUUGCUCUAUUUUUAUGUGUGUGUGCAUAUUGGAUCAUGAUGUAAAAUACAUUUCUUUCUGUGGGUCACAGAAAAGUGUUAAUGAUUAACCAUACCUACUUGAGAAUCAGACUACGUGGGUUCAGAGCCUCCCUCUGCAUAACUGGCUGUAGGAAUUUAAGCAGGUUAGGUUGUAUACAGACCUUUUCUCACCUGUAAAAUGUGUUGGUGAUGCAUGUUAUUGUGUGUGGUAGUGUGAUAAUUAGAUAGGGAAAUACCUAGAGAUCUUGGCACAGUCCGGGGCUGUGGGGGAUUUUAGUUGUUACUUUGUUCCUUAAAAUUUGUUUAUUCUUGGUCUGGAGCAGUUAAAAAAAUUUUUUUUUAAGAUUUUCUUUCAUUAUCUUGUUCUAAAUCAUUCCUCGAAUUGGAAUUACUGGUUCAAAAAUAUGACAGUAUUCUUCUAGUCUGACUCUGUUGUAUUGUUUAUGGAAAAACAUAACUCAUGGUAUAUGGUGAGUAGAGCCCACGUAAACAGUAAGAGCAGAAAGUAAGAUCUACCCCCGCUUGGAGAGGUCUCUGUAGUGUAGUGAAUAGCGUAUGGGGUUUCGAGGUUGUCUGACAGACUGAAUUCAAAUUAGGACUCAUGCCGUGGCAACAUGGUGAUUUGGCAUAGGUUUUAAGCUCUCUCAAUCUCAAUUUCUUUAUGUGUAAAAUGGGAAAAACAAUAACUAUAUCAUAGUUUGUUGUAUGGAUUAAAUGAGCCUGAAGAAAAGCUGG